AUGGGUCUCCGCGACUACCUCCUCAAGAACCGCGCGUCGAUCGACGGCUACAUUGAUCUCCACGCGUUCGCGGCCGAGGUCAUGGCGCCGUUCAGCGACACCAAGCAGCCCGUCGGUGGCGGCCUCGAUGAGAAGUACAAGACGAUGAACACCAAGAUCGCCAAGGCCAUGAGCAUGAAGUACAAGGCGACGCUCUCGCACCAGAUGUACUUCGCGUACGGCAGCUUCAUGAGCUACGCGGUCCGCGAGUUUGCCGGCAAGCCGUCGAUCACGAUCGAAAUGGACGGUACCAACUUUGUCGCGCCCGCGUCGUCCAUCAUCACGAGAGGCAAGGAGGUCUAUGAUGGUCUUUCGGUCUUUGCCGCAGAGAACGCCGAGUUCCUCGGCAAGAAGCCGACCCCCACUGCGGCUCCCACGGACGCCCCCGAGCCGGCGCUGGCCCCGACGCUGACGGUUGUCCCGACGACCAAUCAAUCCGC